AUCAAUUAUUAUAGUUGUACUAUUGAUUGGAAGAAAGGGAAAAAUGUUACUGUGAAAACUAUUAAAAAGAAGCAGAAGCAUAAAUCUAGAGGAUCUGUCAGAACUGUUACGAAGACAGUUCAAAAUGAUUCGUUUUUCAACUUUUUCAAUCCACCUACAGUUCCUGAAGAUGAAGAAUUAUUGGAUGAUGAAACGCAAACUUUGUUAGCAGUUGAUUUUGAGAUUGGUCAUUUUAUAAGGGAAAGAAUUGUUCCUAGAGCUGUACUUUUCUUUACGGGAGAAGCUUUAACAGAAGAUGAUUAUGAUGAUGAAGACGACGACGAUGAUGACGACGAAGGCGAAGCAAACGAUCAAGACGACGACGAUGAUGAAAAUGAUCCAGACUUUAAUCCUCAGGCCGUGAAAUCUGGAAAGAAGUCUCAACAGCAACCACCUCCAGAAUGUAAGCAACAAUAGGUUAAUCCCUUCUUAAAGUUAACAGUGGCCGUCAGCUGAGCACCAGUUCCUCUGUGAGCUUUGGUGAUGCCUUCUCCGCAUAAACAGCUCUGGGGCCUUUAAUCGUUUCCACGCUAACUGCGCCGAUCCAUAGGUCGGUACUCGGUUACAGUGCCAUGUGGAAAUGUCGAAAUGUUGUUUGAAGAACGCAUAGUAGCUUUUUCCCAAUUCAGAGUUUAAUAAUAAAUUAAAAGAAAAAUUUCUCCGAGGAACUUUUUAUACUCCGCAUGUAGCAAAACGAAAAAAAGAUUUCUUUUUAUCACUGCAUGGAAAAAUUCGACCGUUGGACUUCGGUGUUAAUUGUACAAUAUAAAUUGUUUCCGUUCGAAAGUAACCAAAGGUGUUUGCCGAACUCGUGUAUAAACUGUGUCGUUCUUACCAAAGUCUUCACGGAAUCGAUCGGUGCAAUGAUUCGAAACGAGCGUGCUUAUUUUUCAUCCGAUUAUCAUAUUGUUUUCAUUUGUGGCUACUGUUUUAUAAUUUUUUUACAGUUAUUUUCGAUGGUUGCAUCACUUGUCUAAAUAAACAAUAAAUAGUUA